AAACAAAAUGCCUGUCCCUUGUCGUAGCGGUUGCGGGCGUAAUGCGUUUAUGCGCCGACCAAAAACUGGAGAUGUACUCUGCAAGGACUGCUUCUUUCUGGCAUUCGAAACCGAAAUACACAACACCAUUCAACAGGAACAGUUAUUCCGAUCCGGGGAAAAGGUAGCGAUUGCGGCCAGCGGUGGAAAAGACAGCACAGUCCUUGCGCAUGUUAUGAAUGUAUUGAACAAGCGGUACAAUUACGGUCUCGAUCUGGUGCUGCUUUCCAUCGACGAAGGAAUAACCGGGUACCGAGAUGACAGUCUUAAAACGGUGGCACAAAACCGAGAUGAUUAUGGAAUGCAGCUGCGUGUGCUAUCCUAUCAAGAGCUGUAUGGAUGGACAAUGGAUCGUAUAGUGGGAGAAAUAGGCCGUAGUAACAAUUGCACGUUUUGUGGUGUGUUCCGGCGCCAGGCACUAGACCGGGGAGCCCGUCUAAUGGAGGUCGAUUGUGUAGCCACGGGACACAAUGCGGACGACAUUGCGGAAACCGUCAUAAUGAACAUACUGCGCGGAGACACAGCCCGGUUACGGCGAUGUUGUGAUAUCAAAACGGGAUCCAAAGAAGCCGACACGAUCCCGCGUGUAAAACCGUUGAAGUACAGCUACGAGAAGGAGAUUGUCAUGUAUGCACAUUUCAAAAAGUUGGUAUACUUUUCCACCGAGUGUGUAUUUGCCCCGAACGCUUAUCGGGGUCAUGCUCGGGCAUUUUUGAAAGAUCUCGAAAAGGUACGACCGUCGGCGAUCAUGGACAUAAUUCACGCAGGUGAGCAGUUAAAGAUCAAGGGCACGGUAAAGAAACCGGUACGCGGUGUUUGUGGUCGAUGUGGAUUCGUGUCGUCACAGCAACCGUGCAAAGCGUGCGUUUUACUCGAAGGUCUAAAUCGUGGACUGCCUAAGCUGGGCAUCGGAAAGAGGUCCAAAGGAGAUCGAAUGGUAGCGUUACAAGAGCAACAGUUACGCGAAAAAGCUCAUCUGGCAAAGAACGACUUUUAA